ACCAUUCUCUCUUCAGUCCCUCCCCCCACUUCCACUCCUCUUCUCCCCUUUAUUAUUUCUCCCGUCCUCAUCCCUCUUAACACUCUCAUUCUCCCCCAUUCUCUCUUGGAGUGAAGUCUCUCAAAGAUGAAGCUGCUGGGUUGGAUGCAUCGCAAGUUCCGGCAGAAUAGCGGCGAUGUGUUCAAAGACUCUCCGGGAGGCGGCACGUGCAAUUGCCUCUCGGGGCGGCGGUCGCUGGAGGAGGAGCAUGACCGCCGGCGCCACCACUUCAACCCUUUCCCGUCGCGGAGCCUCCGCCUCCCGGCGGCGGUGGAGUUCGUCGAAGACGGAGGUGGCGGCGGAGGGGGGAGGGAACAGACGAUGGAGGAGCUCUUCGGGGGGCUGCUCGCCAUCGGGACUCUAGGGAUCGGGACGGGGCCGAUCGAGGAGGAGGAGGCGGCGGUGGAGGAGGAGGACGAGGCGGCGACGCCGGGGUUCGGGGCGGCGGCGACUGUGGAGGCGAUCGCGGAGAAGCAGGCGGAGGCCACAACGGAGACGGAUCUGAUGGUGGUGAGCGCGGAGCUGGAGAAGGUGCUGGCGGCGGAGGCGGAGAAGGCCGCCACCGCCGCAGCCGCCGGAGACCGCCUUUCCUCCGCCCGGCCCAGCCACGUUAGCGCCGGAUCGUCGGCGUGCCCCCUCCAAGGAUUCCUCUUCGGGUCUCCGAUCGAGAUCGCGGAGACGGCGCCGGCGGCUGGCGGGCGGAGGGAGCGGAGGGCCUCGCUUGGAGAGCUGUUCAUGAAGAGCCGGAUGGCGGAGGAGGGCGGCGGGAAGAGGGAGGAGGCGACGGCGGCCGGAGGCGGCGUCGCCGUCCUUGGCGAGGGGGAGGGAAGGUCGACGGCCGGGAUGCACCUAAUGAAGAAACUGAAGCGCCGCGGAUCUCGAGGCUCUGGCGGCGGGCCCGUGGAGGCCACGGCGGCGGAGACCACGUUCCAGAAGCUUUUCAUGCCACAGAUCCUUCAAAUCUUCCACCGGAAAGUUCAUCCUGAGAACUCUGUUGCAGCUAAGAAAACCGCAAGGUCAGGCAAGAAGAAUGGUAGUGACUGCAUGCCUCAUGGUGGAGGAAAUGACUUCAAUGGUAGUGGGGGUGCCGUGAUAACUGCUUCCAAGAGUAUUUGCAGAAAGGAAGGAACUCCAAACUUCAAGUUUUGCUUGAAUGCUCCAUCUCUCGCGAUCGGUGGAAGUGACUCUAAUGGCAACCGCGAGCAUUGGAUCAAGACCGAUGCAGACUAUCUAGUGUUGGAGCUUUAGAAAGGAAAGGAGGCACCUAAAGGAGAAGAUUCCAAAGCUAGAAGAGUGGUUAUCUGUGAAUCAAACUAAGACCUACCUAUCUACUUGCAAACUGAGUGUUGUGUGAAUUAAUGUGUGGUAUUAUCGUUCCUAGAGGGCUUAGAAAAGAAUAAAAUUGAAAGCAUAUAUGAUGAACUCUGGCAUGACUGUGAUAAAAACCAAGCUAGUAUUCUGCAUUAAAAGUACUCCCUAUGCACUCUUUAUCAAGUAGAGAGUGAGACAUAGCUUCUAGUAUUUGCACUUGUUGCAUGCCUUAUGCUUGAUGGAAAUAAAUACAUGUACUGAAA